GUCAAGUCGAUGCUUGCCACACAGCCACACUGCCACACAGUAGUGUAUAUACUUUUUUCUCCGGUACUGAAUGUUCGUGUAUAACCUCCAACAGAAUUUACAGAAUCUGUAUCAUCGGCAUAUGUCUACAAGAAAUAGUAAGAUUCGAGAGAAUCACAGGUCACGACUAUGAGUAAAUAUAUAAAAUCAUUAGAAGAAGAUGGCAGGCCGCAGUUGCUGCAACUGGCUUUGCUGGUUGUGUUUACUCUUAUGAUAUUAGUUCUAUUUAUAUUCUGGCGGAAAAGAAAAUCUGCAGGUAAUACUAUCCUUUUAAUGGGCCUCAGUGACAGUGGAAAAACAUUGAUCUACACAAGAAUUUUCUAUGCAAAGAUAUUAAGUUGUGCCAAAUUGUGCCAGACAUACAGAUCUAUGAAAGAAAAUAUAGGAACCAUUACAGUCAACAAUCGUUCUUUAAAACUAGUGGAUAUUCCUGGAGAUGAACGACUACGUAACAAAUAUUUUGACAAAUACAAAUCAUCUGUCAAAGGUCUAGUUUACGUAAUCGAUUCAGUGACUAUUCAAAAAGAGAUCAAAGAUGUUGCCGAGUAUCUGUACAAUUUAUUGUCAGAUUCUGAUAUAAAGAAUGUUCCUGUUCUUAUACUAUGCAACAAGCAGGACCAAACUAUGGCUAAGGGAUGUGCAGUGAUAAAAACACUGUUAGAGAAGGAAAUAAAUGUGCUGCGAAUUACAAAGACUAGCCAAUUACAGGCUACUGACGCGUCAUCAACCAAUGUUUUCCUUGGAAAACAGGAAAAGCAUUUUGAGUUCUCACAUUUGGAUCUGCAACUUGAUUUUGCGGAAUCGUACGCACUCGCUAAAGAUCCUCAAACAGUCAACAUUGAAGAGCUUGACAAGUGGUUACACAAAAUCGCCUAAUAUAACACAUCCAAUCUUACAAAUAUUAAUUAUUUAUAAUUUUGUGAUAAAAUCAAAGAAUCUUUUUGUAUGAACUUUCGAAAGAAAUCAUUUCAUCGCAUUAUUAAAGAAACUAUUUAAAUAUAAUCUUAUAUGAGAUAA